UAUCUAUUGAAAGAUGAAGAUAAAGGCUUCUCAUAGGGAAACUGAAACCAGAACUAGUCGUUUCUCAAGCAAUGCUGAAAGAGAAAAGAUUCCAGGCAGGGAAAUCCCCAGAGUCUGUGGCGGGAACUCCGGGAAGUGCAUGCACCACCAUAAAAAGCCAGCAGAGAAGAGUUCAGCCAAAGCAGACAACUUGGGAGCUUCUCCAGCAAAAGCAAGAGCAAGAGCCUCCUGCCUUCAGCAGUCUGUGUGUCCAGGCACUGAGACUGCCAGCAACCCAGCACCUCAGCCGCUGCUCCCAGGAACUUAACUCUGUGGUUUCUCAUCCUGGUCCGUCCCCUUUCUGGGCUCUCCUGCUAUGCCUCCAUCAACUACCAUGGAAGCACCGAUGUGCUUGAUAGAGAACAACCCUGGUGAGCAGCUGAGGGUCAACCAGGAAGCCCUGGAGGUCCUGCAGAGCAUCCAGCAGCCUGUGGUGGUGGUGGCCAUUGUGGGGCUGUACCGGACCGGCAAAUCCUACCUCAUGAACAAGCUGGCAGGAAGGAAGAAAGGCUUCUCUCUGGGGGCCACUAUACAAGCGGAAACCAUGGGCAUCUGGAUGUGGUGUGUUCCUCACCCCGAAAAGCCUGACCACACCUUGGUGCUUCUGGACACGGAGGGGCUGGGUGAUGUGGAGAAGAGCAACAUUGAGAACGACUCGUGGAUUUUUGCCUUGUCCAUUCUGCUUAGCAGCUCUUUGGUGUACAACAGCAUGGGCACCAUUGACCAGUUUGCCUUGGAGAAACUGCAGUAUGUUACAGAGCUGACAAAGCGUAUCAAAGUAAAGUCUGCAACCACAAAGACUUCUGAGGGUGAAGAAGAGGCAAGCUCUGAUGAGUUUCUCAGGUUCUUUCCAGCCUUCAUCUGGACUGUGCGUGAUUUCACACUAAAGCUGAUGCUGAACGGAUGCUCCAUAUCUUCUGACGAAUAUCUGGAGAAUGCCUUGCGGAGGAAGAAAGGUCACCCGGAGAAGCUGGAUCUUGCCAAGAAGUGCAUACGCCAAUACUUUCCUAGUCGGAAGUGCUUUGUCUUUGACCGCCCGGCUGCAAGCCGAGACUUAGAGGAACUGGAGGACUUGUCUGAAAAGAUGUUAAGCCCCAACUUUGUGGUGCAGGCGCAUCGUUUCCGCCAGUUCAUAUAUGAGUGUGCUGAGGCCAAAGUGAUCCAGGGAGGAUAUGUGGUGACAGGGACAUUGUUGGGGCACCUGGCAGUGACCUACGUGGAUGCCAUCUCCAGUGGGUCCAUCCCCUGCAUAGAGAACGCGGUGGUAGCCUUGGCACAGAUUGAAAACACAGCUGCUGUGCACAAUGGCCUCACACGCUACGAGGCUGAGAUAGAGAAAUGCUUGAAGCUGCCCACCGAGGCUGUUGAAGAGCUGCUGGAACUGCACGCCCAAUGCGAGAAGGAGGCUAUUAAAGUGUUCAUGGCCCGCGCCUUCAAGGAUGACAAUCACGAGUACCAGAAGGAACUGGGGAACCAGCUGCAAGUCAAGCUCCUCGAUUUGUGUUCUCGCAAUGAGCAGGCGUCGUCAGAUCGCUGCCAGGCUGUGCUCAUGGAACUAUUCCAGGACAUGGAGGAGAAGUUAGGCAAGGGGAUCUAUUCUGUGGCCGGUGGCUAUCAGCAGUUUCUGGAUGACCAGAAAGAAAAGGUGGACCAGUAUCAUCUGGUGCCUGGGAAAGGCCUAAAGGCUUCCAAAGCCCUGCAAGACUUCCUGAAAUCCAAAGAGGCAGCAGCCCAGUCCAUUCUGCAGGCUGACCGGACCCUCACGGACAAACAGAAGGAGAUUGAAGUGGAACGAGUCCGGGCUGAGGCUUCUGCACGGGAAACUGAGCUUCACAAACAAAUGAAAGAUGAAGCCGUUCAGAGGGCCAAGCAACAGGAACAGAGUUAUAGGGAACAUGAAAAACAGUUAAUGGACAAGAUGGAGGUGGAUAGGAAGACGCUCCUGGCUGAGCACGAGAUGGUGAUGAAAAGGAAGCUUAAGGAGCAGAAACGCCUUCAGGAAGAAGGGUUCCAGCAGGAAGUCUCAAAGCUUAACCUUCAGAUCAAGAGACUGCAGGAGCAGGUGAAGCAGCAGCAACAGCAACGAGGCGGCAGCAGAGGUGGCAAAUCCUGCGUAAUUCAGUGAAAAAGGCGUCUGUGUCUGGAAUCAUUGAUGGGUUGAAUGAAGGUGUUGAGAUUGGCCUCAGGACUGUGGAUGCCUGAAAAUGACGAGAGAUCCUCUUAUGUUGGUGUUAAUAUCAAUGUUUAGCUGGUUUUUGCAGUCUGUAUAUACACACACACACACACACACACGGCCUUGAGUUUUUAAGCCUUACAAAUAAGCUAACAAAAAAAGUAAACAAAACAGGCUACGCCAGGGAGCAAGAGCUGCAAUGGGAAGACUCAGCCAUGAAGCUCACUUAGGCCAGUCAUGGUCUCUCAGCCAAAUCUACCUCGCAGGGGUGUUGUGAGGAUAAAAGAGAGAGAGGAAGAGAAACGUGUACUCCUUGAAGGAAAGGUGGGAAGUAAAUGUAAUGCAUACAUACAUCACCAUCUUGAAACAAUCUGAAUGCAACUCGGUGGUGUGGUAUGUACUGUAGGUUUAUAUGUGGGGAAGCUGCAUGGCAAGUCUGAUCAACUAUGAAGUCAACUCAAAUGGGUUUUAAUGAUGGUGGAGCAGAAGACAUAACCCUCAUCUCCAUGAGGCUGACCAUGCUGUUGUGGUUAGAGUGUCCAACUAGGGCCUGGAGUUCCAGGGUUCAAAUUCCAACUUAGCUGUAACCUACAUCACAGGGCUGUUCUGAGGAUAAAACAGGAAAGGCAGAGAACCAUGUACUCCACAUUGAGCUCCUUAAGGGAAGGGUGGGCUACAAAUCUACCCAUAAAUAAAAUAAAUGUUUCAGAACACAUAUCAUUGUUCCCUAGCAGUUCCAUUAUCUCAGGCCAGCUCACUGGACUUUUUUUUUUUUUGCGCACUACAGUAUUGCCAUGAACACUUACAGCAAUCUCUGAGGGUUUGGCUGCUUGCUUCAGUGUCUCAGUAUAAUGAAUUUGUCCUCUAAAAAGGACACACACAAGAAGCUCUGCUGUGUUUAUUUAUUUAACACAAUUGAUAUACAGUAGGGCCCCGCUAAUAUGGCGGGUUAGGGACCAGGCCCCCGCUGUAAAGCAGAAAUCACCGUAAAGCAGGGCCCCAUAGGCUAUAAUGGGCCGUGUCGCACAAAAAUGACGUCAAAAUGGCAAAUGCGGAACAAGUGCCGUAAUGCGGGGCCUUUCCCUAACUGAAAACCGCCGCAUGAACGAAGCGCCGUAAAGCGGAACACCGUAAAGCGGGGCCCUACUGUACCGCUUGACUGUAAAAAAAACACCUCUAAGUGGUUUACAAAACACAUUAAAAUUAUUGCUAAAACAGUCCAAAGGCCUGGUAUCUGGUCAAGAACCCUGUUUCCCACAGGUAAAGGUAUUAAUGAGCACUAUUAUAUUUUUGCGUGCCACCCUAAUCUCCAAGUGGUGCAAGACUUCCAGGGGUUCCUGCACUUACCCAGGAUUUGGUUUCUUUGGAAAGAAAGUCCAUGGAGACUGUGGUGACUUAUAGGAUAUAUGGUUUUUAUUUGCACAUAUUAUUUUGUGCAAAUGUUAGAUGGAGGGGUUCUCAGUAUUAAGCUCAAUAGAUCUUGCUUUUCCAUCAGAACUGUAGGGACUCGAGGUACCCCGAAGCCAUGGUGCAGACAGCAGGCCUUUCUGUGCGUCUUUCUAGUUCCCAGCUUCUCCUAGACCAGACUAAAAACACAAGCCUAUCUUUGGCUCCAGAAUGGGGAGGGAGGGCCUCUCUCCAGAAAGAGUUCCAAUAGCAACAGGAUCUCUCUUCUUACAUAUGCUAAUGGUAGCCACUUAAACUAGCUCUCAGGCUAGUUUAACAAAGGAAGCUAGUCUGAUCAGUGGAGCAGAUUUCUUCCUCUGCAGAUCUCAGAUCAGAGAUGGAAAUUCACAGAAAUCAUUUAUCUCGACCCCUAGUUCCAUAACUAUAUUCUAAUGUGAAUCCUAUCUCUUCCUUUACCUUCUCUUCCCCCACUCCUCUUGUGCUAAAUAAAAGGGGGGAUCAAAAGGGGGUUGAGAUACAGAUUGUUUCUUUGGGUCCCUCCCAAGCCUAUAACCUUGAAUCUGGAAGUGGCAUCUGCAGUGGGGGAAAUCUGCUCUACUGAUCAGACUAGUUUCCUUUGUUAAUCUAAUAGUUUAACCAAGUCAGCCUGUGACUUAAUGGACUUAUUGAAUGGUCAAUCUGCAUAUCCAAAGGGAUGUGGCCAAGAGAGAUCCUGUUGCUACUGGAACUCUUUUCAGGUGAGAAGCCCUCCUCUUCCCUCCUCUGGCAGGAGCCAAAGAGAAGCUUGUGUGUUGAGUUUAUGCUGGAGAAGCUGGAAACUAGGAAGACACACAGGGAGGCCGGCUUUCCACACCAUGGCUUUGGGGUGCUUUCCUACAAGCCUGAUGGAAAAACAAGAUCUAUUGAACUUAAUGAAGAGAACCCCUCCAUCUUAGGCUCAGGUUGUAAAUAUGUGUAAAUAAAAAACGUAUGCUAUAAGACAUUGUUAGGUAUGGAAAUAUUAUUGAUUUUGAUAUAACACAUAUCGGUUUAUUUCCUGGUGACCUGACCCUUUGAUAUUCCAGUGGCUAAGCAAAUAAAAGCCUGAUUGAGCUGGAAAUGUACUCCCCUCCCCAUUUCCUUAUGCAUACCCAUACUCAAUGUUUCAUAUUGAUGUUACCAACUGUAUCACAAAAGAAUGCCUGUGCUUCAUUUACAUGGUUGUAGACCUUGACACGCAUCCUCUUACAAAUGUAGAAACUGUAACUUGAGUAUAUACUUGAUUUAAUGAUCCCCCUUGUAACCAAACCUCCCCUUUCCUAUCUAUCCUUUGUUCCUUUGACUCUGAGCGCUUAUCUCAAGGUCGUAUAAACCAUGCAAGCCUAUGCCUGAAAAGAGACAAGAUGUUUCUGGCUUUUGUUAUCCUAAGCACCCCUUUUUCCAUAUCUAAGAUAUUACUAUGUCUAUCAGUGUUUUUCUACUCUUUUAUGACGUCUGCUCCCCAUUUUUGUAACCAUUGGGGAAACUAUAUAAUCUCUUGUAUUUCAAUAAACGGGGUUCCCACUUCUGAAAGGCAUCUUGCUGACUGGUCUUGGGACCCCUUUGCAAAGGUAA